UAACCAAGGCUGGGAUACCGAGCACAACCUGUUGAUAUUACUCGUAAUACUUACUUAAGCCAUCGUACAAAUUAUUUUAAAGUACGUAAUAUGAGAUCUUGGUUUUAAUAACAAAAGUUCUCAUAUUCUUGGCUGUUGAAAAAUUUUCAUUAAACGAUUAGGCUAUUUACCUAUAGCCACAACAAAUCUGAAUUUUAAAUCAAAAUCUCAUAUUCGCGUAAUUUAUAGUUUAUUCUUUUUUUUUCUCCUCUGUGAAAAUCGUAUAAUAUUUGUAAGGAUUUGGCACCAUAUUGUACUUUUAUACGAAUAAAGUAUUUAAAACGCAGGUUUUAGAGUUUUAUUUACUGGGAUCCCAGCCUUGGAUAAGUACGAGUAAUUUUUACGCUACCUAGGUACUUUUUAUUUUUAUGAGUACGAGAAGGGUGUCCACUCUUUCAAAGAAAUUGUUUUUCUAGGUUCUCCAGACAAAUUUUUCAGAACCAAACUUGAAUGAGAUGGGGGGAAGGAGAGAGGGUUCAAUUUUUUAAAUUUCACGAGCGACGACUUGCAAUUUUUUUGGAGUCAAAUUGUUUCUAUUUUCGAAGAGAACUCGAAAAAAUGAAGAAAAAAACUUCAAAAUCCUGAAAGAAAAAAUGAGAAAAAGCAAACUCAGGACUUUUUGCAUAUUUUGGCAUAAAAUGGAUUUAUUAAUGGUCAAUUUUGAGAAAAGGACUUAUUCUUAGAUAGCUCAAAGAAAAGUCAAUACCGUUUGAAUUUUCAAUUUUGGCAAAAAAAAAAUGAUUUUACUGACAACCUUGUCAAGAAAACGACCUCUUCCAGCAAAACUCUUUUGGACAAUAUACCUAUUGACAAAAAAAAAAAAAAACUAGAAAAAUGGAAAGAAUAAAAUAUCUAGGCAAGUACCUAAUAAGAAAGAUUGGCUGAAGAAAUGAAAGAAAAAAUCAAAACUAUAGUUGACAAUUUCGGCAAGAAAAUGUCAUUUUAAGGCAUCUCGAGGAAAAGUCAAUAGGUACUUUUUUGAUGCUCAAUUUAGGCCAAAAAAAUCGUGACCUCCUUUCGUAGUUUUUGGCAAAGAAAAAAACACUUUUUCACAAUUUCACCAAAAACUAGGACAUUUUGAAAAUUUUGACAAAACAUGGGACUUUUUUUUUGCAAAUUUGGCAAGAAAAGAGGACCUUCAAGUCAUUUUAGACUACAGCAGAAGUUUCGUUAAGCAAUUUUGGAACAAAGAAAGAAUUUUCCAGAUAGCCAAGGGGCAAAAACUAAUAUUUUAUGGAUGAGAAAUUUCUGAGUAUUUUUAGCAGAAAUUGUCUUUAUAUUCGACAGUUUUAUUAAAAAUAAAUUCCUGACAAUUCUGAAAAAAGAAACAUGACCUUUUCGACAAUUUUAGCAAGAAAUGAGACCUCCUGACAACUUUGAUAAUAAACAAAGACUUUUUGACAAUUCUGGCAAAAAUGAGUUCUUUCAGACAAUUAAGAAAAAAUGGCACUUCGACAAAAAAAAAUAUUGAACUCUGUCGAAAAACUUGAUUUUAUUUUUCACCUUUUUUUUUUAGUAAUUUAGGCAAAGAACAGGGAUUUUGACAAUUUUGGCAAUAAUGAGUAAGAAUUUUGAGAAUUUUAAAAAAAUGAGACCUUCUGUCAGUUUUUCAAAGAAAAAAAAAACUUUCUCUGAGACUAAUUGAGGAAAAAAAUACACAACUUUUCGGCAAUUUUGGGGAAAACGUGAACUUUUUGGCAAUUUUUGGCAUUAACAACGGAAAUUUUUCUGGCAAUUUGGCAACAAACCGAUACAUAACUAUUUUUGACAAUUUAAGCAAUAAAAUAGAUCUUUUUGAACAACUUUAACAAGAAAUGAAAUUGAGAUUUGUUUAAGUAGAUAAUUUUCGCAAAAAUUGGACUUGAAGAAUGCUAAAGCAAAAUGAAUGCUCUAUAAAUGUUUUGGUAAACCAGCAGAAAUUUCUAAGAAAUUUUAGCAAAUGUUAUCACUUUUGGACAAUUUUAUCAAGAAAUAACUUCCUGAAAAUUCGGACAAAAAAACAGGAAUUUCUUGACAAUUUUAGCAGAAAACGUAUCUAGGUAGGUAGUUACACUCAAAAAAAAAAAUUAGGACUGGCAAUUAGUUAGAAAAUGAAAUCUUUUGUCAACUUUUACAAAAAAAAUUUUCUUGAAAAUUUCGGUAAAUUUUUUUUUUGUAAUUUAGGCAAGGAACAGGACGUUGAGGCAAUUUUGGCAAAAAUGAAUACUUUACUUCCCUACUUUCAGACAAUCUUGCAAAAAAUGGGACCUUCUGAUAAUUUUGCGAAAAAGCUACUUUCUGAAGAAUCUAACUCUCCGAUAAUUUUGCCAAAAAAUUAGAUCUUCAAAUAACUACGACAAAAAACGAUUUUUUUUCAAGAUUUCAAUCUUGCAAAAAAGGCCACAUUCUAAAAAUUUUGCAAAAAUGGCAUUUUUUGGCAAUUCCGACUCAAAACUGACAGUUUUUUUUUAGCAGUUUUGGAGAAAAACACGAAUUAUUUGAAUUUUUGCCAAAGGAAAAAGGAUAUUUUUGAAAAUUUCAGCAAAAGACAGAGCCAUUUCAAGCAACUUUACCAAGGAAUAGAAUUUGUUAUCGACAAUUUUGGAAAAAACAGACCCUCGCAAAGUUCGUUCCCUGUCCCAAAUUUCCACAGACUGAGAAUGGACACCCAUUGUUAAAUAUAUCUUUGUGAGGUACAUAUUCCUGAUUGAAAAAUACAAAGGCUGAUGAUGGUGAAGAAUUGAAAUACCAUACGAGUGGAAAACGAAUCGAAUUUCACGAACUGAUUUUAAGUUUGUGAAAAACGUACCUAUCGGUCUAUGUGUAUUGAAAGAUCGAAGAAUUCAAGUCGAUGUUGACCUAGAUUUAUAAAUUUUCCAAUCCUGUUCGUUGGUUAAAUUUCUGACGUGAGAAUCAUGAGCCAUGCAGAAAUCAACUCGACCAGGACCGGUACGACCAACACUUCCACCACCACUGUGUUCCAGUAAACCAUUCCCUUGUUAUCCGGGAGUAGUUUGUGAAGAUACUCCGCAAGGUCCCAGAUGUGGUAAAUGUCCUGCUGGGUUCGAAGGCGAUGGAAGAUUCUGCAGGCCUGUGUCUUCUUGCGCUUCAAAACCAUGUUUCCCAGGUGUCACUUGCGAGGAUGAUCCGAAUGGUGGAUUUAGAUGCGGUUCCUGCCCUCCUGGAUUUUAUGGUAACGGUAUAAUGUGUCGAAGAAGUUUUUGUACAUUGAACCCUUGUUAUCCUGGUGUGGCAUGUCGAGAUAUAGAAAACGGUUUUCAAUGCGGAUCUUGCCCCGCAGGGUAUACAGGAGAUGGGCAACACUGUUACAGGCUUUGUUCUUUUAACCCUUGUGCUCCUGGAGUUCGAUGCGAGGACACCCCAACAGGUUUCAAAUGCGGCGCAUGUCCGGCAGGAUACACCGGAAAUGGAUUAACGUGUCGUCCUUCAGUCGUUCCUUGUGAUCUUAAUCCUUGUUUCCCAGGAGUCUCUUGUGAAAAUACAGAAGAUGGUAGCUACAGAUGCGGUCCCUGCCCACCUAACUAUACUGGAAAUGGAGCCCAAUGCUUCCUUAUAUCGUCGAAAAAAAAUUGUGCACCGGAUGCUUGUUACCCAGGAGUAAAUUGCGAGAUAAUUAAUAACGUGCCAGUUUGCGGUCCUUGUCCGGCAGGAUACUAUGGAGAUGGAAAACAAUGUCAAAGGCGAUAUACUUGUCAGGAAAGACCUUGUUUCAGAGGAGUGCCUUGCGUUAAUGCACCAGAGGGGGCUAGAUGUGGACCUUGCCCUCCUGGAUUCACAGGAGAUGGACGUACUUGCGUUAGUAUUAGUAAUUGCCAAAAUACACCUUGUUAUCCCGGUGUUAGUUGUGUGAAUAACGUCGAAGGGCCCAGAUGUGGUGCAUGUCCAGCCGGAUACACCGGAGAUGGAAAGACUUGUACGAAAGUGUACACUUGCGAUGAUCAGCCGUGUUAUCCAGGAGUACAAUGUCAAGAUACCCCAACCGGUCCCAGAUGUGGUCCAUGUCCUGAAGGAUACAAAGGAGAUGGUAGAGCCUGCAUUAGAGUAUACACCUGUCGGGAACAACCUUGUCAUCCUGGAGUUCAAUGCCAAGACACAGAGAACGGUCCUAGAUGCGGUCCUUGCCCUCCUGGUUACAGCGGCGACGGUAAAUCAUGCAAUCGCCUUUACUCUUGCGAAUUAGCCCCUUGUUUCCCUGGCGUUGAAUGCAGAGAUACCAACGAGGGUCCUAAAUGCGGUCCUUGCCCUGCAGGAUUUUCUGGAGAUGGAAGAAUUUGCACGAGGUUCUUCACGUGUAAGGAUAAUCCUUGUUUCCCAGGAUCUCAGUGUUUCGAUACUCCGCAAGGUCCCAGAUGUGGCCCAUGUCCAACAGGGUACAGCGGUGAUGGUAAAAAUUGCGUCAAAUUGUAUACUUGCAGAGAUAAUCCUUGCUAUCCUGGAGUCGAAUGCAGAGAUACGGCCACUGGACCGCAAUGUGGAAGAUGUCCACCUGGUCAUAGAGGAGAUGGAAGGUCGUGCGUGUGGUAUUACUCUUGCAAGAACCAACCGUGUUAUCCAGGUGUCACGUGUACUGAUACCGCAGAUGGGCCUAGAUGUGGCCCUUGUCCGACAGGCUUCAUCGGAGACGGAAUCAAUUGCACUAAACAUAUAACUUGCGAUGAACAGCCAUGUUUCCCAGGGGUAUUAUGUCAAGACCUUCCUCAAGGAUUCAGAUGCGGCGCAUGUCCUUCAGGAAUGAUCGGAGAUGGUAGAUGGUGUCGAGAAUUGACUCCUUGCGAACAGAUGGUCACUACUUGUAAACCAGGUUACCCUUGCCCUAUGACAAUGUCCAAUUGUACGAAUAACUGUUCGGGUCGAAAAUGUCCCCCUUCAUUGAAUAUCUGCGAUUUGAGUCCAUGCCCUGCCGGCAGUAGAUGUUUCCCAGCUAAUGAACCCCCUUACUACAAAUGUGGCUCAUGCCCUUAUGGAUUAACCAACAAUGGCACUGCCUGCGCAGAAAUCGAAGAAUGCAAACUGAACCCCUGCGAUCCAAAAGUACGCUGUAUAAACCUCAGACCGGGAUUCCGAUGCGAACCGUGUCCUCCAGGAUACACAGGAAACGCUCCAGAAGGUAUAGGAUUAGACGCAGCUUUACGUAAUAAGCAAAUAUGCAGCGAUAUCGACGAAUGUGCUUAUGCUAACGGUGGCUGCAAAGGACCUUGUAUAAAUACUCCGGGAUCUUUUGUAUGUCAAAUCUGCCAUACGGUUUGUUCGUUGAAUACUUCUCAUACGACGGUAAUCAGAGCUGCUGCGACAGCUGUCAUUCGAGCAGAGCAGCAAUUAAUUCGAUGCCCAGAUGGCAGUCAAUGUGAUUCGAAUGCCGAUUGUUUACUGGCUACGAAGAACGAAUACAGGUGUAAGUGUAAAGAAGGAUGGGCAGGAAAUGGCAGAUUUUGCGGUAAAGAUACCGAUCUCGAUGGAUGGCCAGAUUAUAAUCUGAAAUGCGAAGAUAGCGUUUGUAAACAGGAUAACUGUAUAUUUAUUCCAAAUUCCGGACAAGAAGACCAAGACAACGAUGGAAUCGGUGACAAAUGCGAUGACGAUAUUGACAACGAUGGUAUUCCGAAUAGUUCGGAUAAUUGCAUAUUUGUUCCUAACCCCGAUCAAAAAGAUUCAGACGAAGAUGGCGGCGAUAAUGUAGGCGAUGCUUGCGAUAACUGUCCAUUAAUCCCAAAUAAAGAUCAAAAAGACAGCAAUAAAGAUGGCAAAGGAGACGCUUGCGAUAAUGAUUGGGAUGGUGAUGGCAUCCACAACAACGUCGAUAAUUGCCCAUUCGUAUCGAAUAACGACCAAAAAGACGGAGAUGGUGACGGAGUCGGAGACCUGUGCGAUAACUGUCCUACUACCAGCAAUGCAAAUCAAGAAGAUCACGACAGUAAUGGCGUAGGAGACGCUUGCGACACAGAUGUCGAUACCGAUGGUGACGGGAAACAAGAUUCGAUUGAUAAUUGCCCCCAUCAUCCGAACAGCGAUCAGUUGGAUACUGAUAAGGAUGGUUUAGGAGAUGUUUGCGACGACGAUAUUGACGGAGAUCAGGUUCUUAAUAUUUAUGAUAAUUGUCCUUUGCAAAAGAAUCCCAAUCAGACUGAUGCCAAUGGCGAUGGUAUUGGAGACGUUUGUCAAGAAGAUUUCGACGGCGACGAUGUGAUCAAUUUCUUGGACAACUGUCCCAAUAAUUCGCAAAUUUACAAAACAGAUUUCAGAGCGUACCAAACUGUGGUCUUGGAUCCAGAAGGCGACUCUCAAAUUGACCCGAAUUGGGUUAUUUUGAACCAAGGAGCUGAAAUCGAGCAAACAAUGAAUAGUGAUCCUGGUUUAGCGAUAGGAUACGAUGCCUUCGGAGGAGUCGAUUUUGAGGGAACGUUUUACGUCGAUACAGAAACAGACGACGAUUACAUCGGAUUUGUUUUCAGUUACCAAAGUAAUAGGAAAUUUUACGCUGUGAUGUGGAAGAAAAAUUCGCAAGUUUAUUGGCAAGCGUCACCAUUCAGAGCCUAUGCCGAACCAGGUAUCCAUAUUAAAGUCGUUCAUUCGGCAACUGGGCCUGGCCAGAUGUUGAGGAACGCCUUAUGGCAUACCAAUGAUGUCGAUGAUCAAACUCGUAUCCUGUGGAAAGACCCCAAAAACGCAGGUUGGAAAGAAAAAGUAGCCUAUCGCUGGCUACUCCUCCACAGACCCCAUAUCGGUUUAAUUCGAUUGAGAAUAUUCGAUGGUGAAAAUAUCAUAACCGAUUCCGGUAACAUAUUCGAUUCUACUUUCAAAGGAGGACGUCUCGGUGUGCUUUGUUUCUCUCAAGAAAUGAUCAUUUGGGGUAGAUUGAUCUACAGAUGUAAUGAUAACGUACCAGAGUUGAUAUACAACGAACUUUCGCCGGAAUUGCAAAAACAGGUGGAAAUUGACAACACUGUAAAUAUUCUGAAAGAAUAAAAAGGUGUGGAUUUCACACGCAGCGAUUUCAUCGUUACCUCCGGUAUUUUGCAUUUAAUAACGAAACGUAUACUUUUCAAUAUUUAUUAUCGCGAUUUUUACUAUACUUUCAUCUAAUUAAGAUCGAUAUAGGAUAUAAGUUACUAUCUCCACAUGUGAUUCAUACAAUAUUUAUUUUCUGUCGAAUAAAAGACUGUUAUUUAUAA